AUGGCCCAUGCCGGCAAUGGAGGGGGUCACAACUCGGAUACUGGCGACGGAGGCGAGACCCACGGUUCUUCGAACAUCGAGGACACGAACCAAGCUCGUGUCAGCGAGGAUGAUGGUUCUUCCGCAGAGCAAGAACCCGUGAGGGGUGGCGAUGGGGCGGGCACGUCGCCAGAAGACGAGAGUCAGGAAAAAGGAUCGUCAAGCGAUGAGGAGCAUGAGUAUGAAGCAUCCAACACCGAGGAUCAAGAGCAUGAGCCGGCACAUGAAGAGGAUCAAGAGCAAGAAUCGUCAACCGAGCAGAACAUCGACGCGGAACAGGGCUCUCUACCUGUUAACAACAUGACUAGAGGAAUCCCACCAACUGAGGAGAUUCAGCCAAUUCAAGAGAUCCAGCCUAUGCAAGAAAUCCAACCGGUUCAGGAGAUGCAACCGGUUAAAGAGGUUGACGCGAUGUCAACGGUCGACCAGCCCGAAGGGGCUCUGGCGAGUGAUGAAACUCCAGCGGUUGAGGGGUCAUCUUCAUGGAAGCUGUGGAGAUGCUGGGAAGGCACACUGGACUGCUGCGGGACAUGUCUAGUGGACCCUGAGUGUGUAAGAGACGUGUUUAACAUCGAGACUCCUGAGCUACUUUGCGUGUCAAGGUUGCUGGAUCGGAUUUAUCAAUAG